UUCAAUACCCUCCACCCAUGGCUUUAACCCAGAUAUCUCCUCUUAUCCCUAUAGCCAUUAUUUUCUUCUUCCUCUCUUACAAGCUCUAUCAACGUUUAAGAUUUAAGGCUCCACCAGGGCCAAGACCAUGGCCGAUCGUCGGAAACCUUUACGACAUAAAACCGGUGCGAUUCCGGUGUUUCGCCGAUUGGGCAGAGGUUUAUGGACCAAUCAUAUCGGUUUGGUUUGGUUCGACUUUAAAUGUGAUAGUAUCGAAUACAGAAUUGGCUAAAGAAGUUUUGAAGGAGAAAGAUCAACAAUUAGCAGAUCGACACAGGAGUAGAUCUGCAGCUAAGUUUAGCAGAGAUGGACAAGAUCUUAUUUGGGCUGAUUAUGGACCCCACUAUGUUAAAGUCAGGAAGGUUUGUACUCUUGAGCUUUUUACUCCUAAGAGACUUGAAGCUCUUAGACCCAUUAGAGAAGAUGAAGUUACUGCCAUGGUUGAAUCCAUCUUCAAAGACUGCACCUCUCCUGAUAACAUUGGGAAGAGUUUGCUUGUGAAGAAGUACUUAAGUGCAGUAGCAUUUAACAACAUAACAAGGCUUGCUUUUGGAAAGCGUUUUGUGAAUUCAGAAGGUAUUAUGGAUGAGCAAGGUUUAGAGUUCAAGGCAGUAGUAGCCAAUGGAUUGAAGCUUGGAGCAUCACUUGCCAUGGCAGAACACAUCCCAUGGCUCCGAUUUCUUUUCCCACUAGAAGAAGGAGCAUUUGCUAAGCAUGGAGCUCGAAGAGAUCGACUUACUAGAGCUAUCAUGGAAGAGCACACGGCUGCCCGUAAUAAGAGCGGCGACGAGAAGCAACAUUUUGUUGAUGCACUCCUCACUCUUCAAGACAAAUAUGAUCUCAGUGAAGACACCAUCAUCGGUCUUCUUUGGGAUAUGAUAACUGCAGGAAUGGACACCACUGCAAUCUCAGUUGAAUGGGCUAUGGCAGAGCUGAUAAAGAACCCAAGAGUCCAAGAGAAGGCCCAAGAGGAGCUUGAUCGGGUUAUCGGGAUCGAGACGGUGUUGACGGAGGCCGACUUCUCUAGCCUCCCUUACCUCCAAUGUGUGGCUAAGGAGGCUCUAAGAAUGCAUCCUCCAACUCCACUAAUGCUUCCCCACAAAGCCAAUGCCAAUGUGAAGCUUGGUGGCUAUGAUAUCCCUAAGGGAACAAACAUUCAUGUUAAUGUUUGGGCUGUUGCUAGAGACCCGGCCGUAUGGAAGGAACCAUCGCAGUUCCGGCCGGAGCGAUUCCUUGAAGAGGAUAUCGACAUGAAGGGUCAUGAUUUUCGGCUACUACCAUUUGGGGCAGGUCGACGGGUAUGUCCCGGUGCACAAUUGGGUAUCAACCUAGUGACAUCUAUGUUGGGUCACUUGUUGCACCAUUUCUAUUGGGCUCCUCCUGACGGGGUUAAGCCAGAUGAUGUUGACAUGUCGGAGAACCCGGGUUUGGUCACCUACAUGAGGACCCCCUUACAAGCUGUCCCUAUGCCAAGGUUGCCAACACAACUGUACAAACGUGUGGCUGCGGAUAUGUAAUCUUGUAAAAUUUUGGUUUUUGAAAUCUAAAACUCUAUUAGGCCUUGACUCUUCUCGUAGGAAUUUUGAGCUCUUCUUCAAAAAGAGUCCAACAAUGUAUGUGUUUAGAG